UUGAUAAUCGAUUCGGCUGUACACGUGCGAAAUUAGAGAAAUAGGAUUCUGUGUAUCACGAGCAUUGUUUACAUCACGGUGAGAAUAUAACUUAAUUAUUGACGUGAUUAGUGCUUGGAUAUGAUUAAGUAUAUCUCUGGAAUAAUUCCGCGACUCUUUACGAAGCUAUCUGUUCCACCAGGCAAUAUAACCUAUACGCGAACGACAUCGCAGAAAUUCGUGACAAUGAUUAAAAACGUGAAAAUCGGAACGCACGAUGGCACUUUUCAUUGUGACGAAGCUCUUGCUUGCUUCAUGUUGAAGACGCUACCCAGAUAUAAAGAUGCAGUUAUAGUGAGAUCACGCGAUAUGAAUAUUUUAGAUGCAUGCGAUAUUGUGGUCGAUGUUGGUGGAGAGUAUAAUCCUUCCAUGCAUCGUUACGAUCAUCAUAUGAGAGAUUUCAACGAGUCGGUAAGCACAGUAAUAAAGAAACCAGGUUACGAUUGGACAAUGAAACUGAGUAGUGCUGGUUUGAUUUAUUGCCAUUUUGGCCAUGAGGUUAUCAAGCAUUUGAUUCCACAAGCAAACGAUAGCGACGUAGAAAUGAUUUUUAAACAUAUUUAUGAUACAUUCAUUAAAGAAAUUGAUGGUAUAGAUAAUGGAGUUACCAUGUUUAACGAGGAACCUGUAUAUCGUAUCGUAACAGACUUAUCAUCUCGCGUGAAAUUAUUAAAUCCUGCAUGGAAUAGCAAGGAUAUUAAUAUUGAUAGUCAAUUUUUUAAGGCAGUUGAAUUAACCGGUAAGGAAUUAGUGCAACAUAUUAAUUAUGUUGCAAAUGCUUGGUUGCCUGCUAAGUCCAUUGUGCAGGAAGCUAUCGACAAACGCUUCGAGGUUGAUCCUAGUGGCGAAAUUAUAGAAUUAUUACAAUUUGUACCAUGGUCUGAGCAUCUUUAUGCGAUAGAAAAAGAACAAAAUGUACAGCCGCCAUUAAAAUUUGUAAUUUUUGGAAAUGGUGCUAACUAUAGGGUUCGAGCCAUACCUGUGGCACCUGACAGUUUUGUGUGCAGGCUGUUUUUGCCAGAAUCUUGGGGAGGUUUGCACGAUGAAGAGCUUGUAAGCGUCUCUGGAAUCAAAGAUGCUGUUUUUGUCCAUUCAAAACGAUUCAUCGGUGCCCAUCUAACCAGAGAAGGAGCGAUAACGAUGGCACGCAAAGCUCUUGAGAUAGGGAAAGCUAUUUGAUAAUAAAUCCAAUUAAAAGCAAUUA